AACGUGUCGCAUGUUGUCCGUAGUAAAAUUGCGGUCCACUUCUAACAACGACCUCUUUUUCUCUCUCUUUUCCCCCAAAUAUCUUCGCCUGAAAAAUCGAAAAAAAUUCUUGCCCUAAUCUCAAUUCCAGUCAGCUCAAAUCCACCAAAUCUGUCACACAAAAUCACUGUCUAAUUCCAUCGAAUUUACAGUUCUCAAGUCCACCAAGAUCACAACAUCCAAGCCCAAGAUCUGCGAUCUCAAAUGGUCUCACACCUCUGAACUCCGACUCUCACACCACCUCUUCUUCAAUGGAUAAUCGUCACAAAGGCACGUUUUUCCUAUUCUAUUUGCUUUUUGUCUUUGGUUUUCCUCACAUUUCUAGGGUUUUUUCAAACUCUGACCCGGUUUCAAUCGAAACCGAGGACGCUGAUGUAUUGAAUCGCCGCCAAAUUCAGCUAGAGAAGCUUGAAGAACUUGUGAGAAACCUUAGUGAGCUGGUUUCUAGGUUAGAGUCUCGAUUUUCUUCGGAAACCCCCAAGGUCGGACCUUGUUUAGAUGAGAAACGCAGUGUUGAGAGACCAUCUCGUUUCCCUCUUCAAGAAAAGAUUGAUUCGAUUGUGAAAAUUGAAGAUGAGAGUGGUUUAGUAGAUGCUAAGGUUGUUGGAGAUGAAGAAAGAGGAAGGGCUGUGUCGGUUACCAAAUACAGUCCGUUUUGGUCGGAGAGGUUUCAAGCUGUGUCGGCUUUGAAACUUGUUUCUGAUGCUACUUGCAUUAUUGUAUUGCCGUUUAGGGAUUUCGAAGGAUUGAGCAAGUAUGUUGCGAUCGGGGAUGAUCGGGGGAGAGUGGUCGUGUUUCUACGAAAUGGGGAUGUUUUGGCGGAGUUUAACACGAUAUUGGAUUCCCCAAUUACUGCCAUGGUGUCUUACAUGUCAGUGUAUAAGAACGCGAGUUUUGUUGUUACAGGGCAUAGCAAUGGUUUGAUUUUGUUGCAUAAGGUUUGGGAGGUUUCAAAUGGAGAGGAGUGGACUUCGCUUUCUGUUGAAAAUGUUGUGCAAUUUACUUCACCAGAAAUUGGGGAAGGUGGGUCACCAAUUACUUUGUUAGAAGUGCAUCAUGUUGGAAGGAUGAGGUACAUUUUGUCCACGGAUGUUAGUGGAAAAAUUAGGGUUUUCAGGGAGAAUGGAACAAUCUUCGGUUUGGCUGUGCCAACGAGCAGGCCGCUUGCAUUUUUGAAGCAAAGGCUUUUAUUUCUGACAGAAACAGGUGCAGGAUCACUGGAUUUGAGGACCAUGAAAAUUAGGGAAUCGGAAUGUGAGGGAUUGAACCAUUCUUCUGUGGAGAGUUAUGUUUUUGAUGCCACAGAGAAAUCAAAAGCAUAUGGGUUUACAUCAGAGGGUGAUUUGAUCCAUGUGUUAUUGUUUGGUGAUAUAAUAAACUUCAAGUGUAGGGUUAGGUCCAAGAGGAAGGUUGACACGGAUAAGCAGCCUCUUGCCUUCCAAGCAAUCAAGGGUUAUUUGCUUAUUGUCAACCAUGAGAAGGUGUUUGUGUAUAAUGUCUCGUCUCAACAUUAUUCUAGGGUUGGGGGGCCGCGAUUUCUUUUCUCUGCUAGUCUUGAUGAAAUCAGAUCGUCAUUUAAUUAUCAAUCGACAGAUCUAGAUUCCCAAAAGAGAACAGUGAUGCCAUUGCUAGCCAGUGAUGGCGAAAAGCUUGUGAUUCUUGGUCUUGGAGGUGGGUAUGUAGUGAUGUAUCGCUCCACCCUUCCAGUUUUCAAAGGGGAAUUCAAUACGAUGCUAUGGACAAGUCAGGUAUUUUUCUUUGUUCUUUUCCUCUUUGUUGCAUGGCAAUUCUUCGCCAAGAAGAAGGAGGCACUUAUUUCAUGGGGCCCAGACGAUCCUUUUAGUUCCACAUCGAUUACCAAUGGAGCUCCACUAGGUUCUGGCCCUGGUGACAGAUCUUUCACUGAGCCUUCUUCAAGAGGCAGUGAUAGUUUGGAAUUGAGAGGUGGUGGUCUAAGAGGUCCAUCAAGAAGGUAUGUCUCUCCAUCGCGAUAUCCCGGUGGAUCAGCUAGUUCCUUUAGGCCUAGUUCUGUAGAUACAAACUCAAGACCUUCACUUGAUCCCAAUUUUAGAGCUCCCUCUGAGGUGAAAUUUAGAGGGUCGGCUCUAGAAACUGCUGGUUUUCAAAAAAGAAGGGAGAGUUUGUUUGUAAACAGUCAAGUCGUUGAGGAAAGCAAUUGACCUUCAAAAUCAAUUACAUGAACUAUGCCACUUCGAGUUCGAUUUCUUUUGAAAUUUUUGUCCUAAAACCAUUGUGUUUGCAAUGGUUGUAAACUUUGUAACUUUACUUAUGUGAGAAAGAAAUAAUUAAAAAACUAAAUUCAAUGCAUUUCUAAUAGUAGCAUUUCUAAACUAUUGGAUUCAAUUAAUUGACA